CAGAGCAAACCACAAUCGUGUGUUAAUAACCAGUAGCACAUAGUGCUACAUCGUAAUGGGUUCUCUUUACUGAUGGAGAAACAGAAUUGUGAAGUCUAUACACCCUCCAACUGGACAUUUCCUGGAUAUACCGGACAGGUGUGAAUACAGGUGUAUUUAGACAGUGCUGUUUUCUUCGUAACAACACAGGCAGGUUGCAGUUUACAUGUAAGUGAGAUGUCACUCAGUUUGUUGAGGCUAUGGCUACCACUUGGACCCCCACCACCGACCGAAUGGCCGCGAACCACGACCUAGCAUCAGACCUGAUAUCCGCGGUGGACAAUGUCUCCAAGACGCUUCUCUCCAACACCUCUGCCGACACGAACCAGACGGACCAGCACCGCUCAUGGAACCUGCCGUUCUCGGUGACCAUGGCGACGAUCCUGUCGAUCUCGUCGUUCCUGUCGAUCGUGGGGAACCUGAUGGUGAUCACGGUGGUGGUGCGUCACCGCGGGAUGCGCACGCGCACCAACCUGUUCCUCGUGAACCUCGCCGUCGCCGACUUCUGCGUGGGGGCGGUGGCCGUGCCCUUUGCCAUCGUGACCCUCAUCAAUGGGCGUUGGGUGCUGGGCGACGUGCUGUGUCAGAUCGAUGGCUUCGUCAACAUCUUCUUCCUCGUGGCGUCCAUCCACACGCUGAUGUACAUCAGCAUCCACAAGUACUACUCCAUCACGAGGCCGUUCAGUGACUCCAUACAGCUCAACAAGGUCGUUCUCAUGAUGGCCGCCACGUGGAUCUGGGCCGGCAUCAUGGGCACCAUCACCAUCUCCGGUCUCAACUACGUCUACUACAAGCCGGGGACGUCGCAGUGUGGGCCGUCGUACCCCCACGACAUCAAGGGCUACAUCCACCACGGCGUCACCCAGGUGACGUGUAUUUUCAUUCCACUGUCCAUCAUGGUGUUCUGCUACGUGCGCAUGUUCAAGGAGAUUCGCGAACACUCGAAGCGCCUGCAGCUGAACUCAACCCUGGAGAAGGACGUGGUGUUGUCCCAGCAGAAGAGGGUGGCCAUAACGCUCUUCAUCGUGCUCGCCUGCUUCGUGCUGUGCUGGAUUCCGUACCACAUCUACGCUUCGUAUGUGUCCUACAGGAAGGACAAGGCGCAUUUCUCAGAGUUCGUGAAUCCACUGGCAUAUAUGCUUGGCUAUAUGAACAGUGCAUUCAACCCAAUCAUCUACGCGUUCCGCAGUCCUUCAUUUCGAGAGGGUUAUAAGGAGAUUUUGUGUCAAACGCCAACAUAUGUGGUUACUGAUGAGACCAUUGCUGAAGGAACUCCUCAUUUAUUUCGAAGAAUGUCCUCAGUUUUCUCAUCCCCAAUGCAGAGAUCACAAUCGGCUCCUGACACAGCCAUCAGAAAGUUGUCAUCGACGAGCGUUGCCAGUAGUAACACUGUGGACACUCGGUCAAAAUUUCUACACCAGAAGAGUUUGACCGAGCUCAUGAGGUCUGCGGCCAAGUUUGGGAAGGGUAGUUCCAUCAUUGAAAGCAAUGGCUCUGUCGUCAUCAUGAAGGGUGGCAAGAUUGUAAGCAUUCGCAGUGAAAACAGACUUUCACAAAGAAACCCGACUUUACCACAUGGGCAGAAGACACCAGCUAAUGGAUGUUCUAAAAAUCCACAAAAAAUAAAUGGCAACAAUAUCGAGUUAAUGCAUAAUAGCAGUGACAUGGAAUUAGCUCCCUUGGUUCAUAAUGACAGUGAUUUAGAAUUAACUCCCUCAAUGCAUGAUAGCAGUGACAUGGAGUUAACUCCCUUGAUACGUGAUGAUGUGAGGACAGAAAGACAAGAAUCAUAUGGGACUGACGAUGUCUUUGAGGAGACGGUGAAUUCAUGCUGCAUUGGUGAUGAGAUUAAAACUGAAGCAUCAGUUAAGAGUAACACUUCAGCAAUUGCUGUUGAUUCUCCAAUUGCUGAAAAUGUUACGGAAGAAAAGAAAAACUGUUGUGCAGAAAUAUCUAGGACUAUUUCUCCCGUUUCGAAGAUUCAGUGCUGUGAUAAAACUACAAAAUCAGAACCUAAUAACAAGGGCUCUUGUCAAAAUCAAACAAACUGUGGUAUUAUAAUAAACAUUGAUGAAGAUGACAGUGUGCUCGGGGUCAUGCCUUUGUCCCCUCACACCAAACAUAAAAUAGCUCGCAGUGACCUGUUUCUCUUCAAAGAGCAACCAAGAGCUUUGACCAAAAAUUCUUCAGCAAAGAGUCACGAAAAUAUGUUGAGACCUUUCACACGUUUACCCUCUGUUGAACACCUUGACCUUCCAGUGUCAAUGUCAAGGUCAGUGAGUGACACAAAUAUGAAAUCUAAAUCUGCACUUCUAACACGCAGGAGAUUGACGUUUAGUAAGAUUGAGAAUGAAACGAAUGAUGUACAGUUAGCGAAAUCAAAUUCACAACAAUUUGUGAAAAAGUCAAAUUCAAAAGCUUUGUGACCAAUGGAGAGCUGUUUGUUACUAUGUUAGUGUUUGGUGCCUAAUGUUUAGGCUUUGUUACUCAACAGACUAAGUCAAAGUAAUAAUAGUUUUCUGGCAAUUCUACUUAAUAUGAACGAGAAUAAAUAAACAUAUAUUUUUAUUGAUAUUUAAAAUUUAAUAUACUGCAAAUAAAUUUAUUUUGAACUCAUUACAUACACAUACUAUGAAUGAAAUGAAUAAUAUUUGUAAUUUUUUCAAACAUGAAAAAUUAAUGACAGAUACUUCUUAAAGUUUGGUUACUGUAGCAGCUUAAAAUGAGACAUUUUUAGUUAUUCUAUUCAACUUGAUUUUAAAAACAAUUGGUAUAAAAUUAUUACAAAUCCUAUAAACAAUUUCUAGGUAGGGUACCGGUAGGUUGGCUUUUUAAAACAAAAUAUUUUUAUUAAAACUACAUUCACCCCUAUGGGUCCAGAUGAACUGUUAUGUAUUUUUUUCACCUAUAUAUUAAUAAAAUAAAUAAAAAAUAAUGAAAAACAAAUAAUAAUACAUUGAACAAAAAUGAAGAUUUGCCCAUUUUACAGAGUUCAUGGAAACACCUUUUUUUUUAAAAGUACCACAAUAAUGAAACACCAAUUUUGCUAUUUUUUGGUCUCUAUAUACAUGUAUAAUGUUUACAAUGUGUAUGAAUCCUACCAAAUUUUUAAAAGAAUGGACAGGCCGUUUUUUAUAUACCGGUUUUUGUAAUAUUAUAAUCGAUCACAUUUUUAGCCCUGCCUGGAAAAAACUGUAAUCUACACACCCAGUUAUGUAAUGAUUUCAAAUUCUAAUUUCUAUUAUUGUUUAGAUAGAAUAUACCAAUCUGCCAUAUUGAACAUAUUAACAGAAACAAUGCUACCAAAUGUGUUAUAAUUGGGGUAAUCCGUCAUAUUGAACAUAUUAACAGAAACAAUGCUACCAAAAUUAAUGUGUUAUAAUUGGGGCAAUCCGUCAUAUUGAAUAUAUUAACAGAAACAAUGCUACCAAAUGUGUUAUAAUUGGGGUAAUCCGUCAUAUUGAACAUAUUAACAGAAACAAUGCUACCAAAAUUAAUGUGUUAUAAUUGGGGCAAUCCGUCAUAUUGAACAUAUUAAGAGAAACAAUGCUACCAAAUGUGUUAUAAUUGGGGCAAUCCGUCAUAUUGAACAUAUUAAGAGAAACAAUGCUACCAAAUGUGUUAUAAUUGGGGUAUUGUAAAAGUUCCUUAUUCGUCUGCUCUUAUUCAGGUAUUGUAGGAUUCCUUGUUUAUGUAUUUUUGUUGUCUGUGAUGUUUACUAUGUAUAGUGAUGAGUUAUUGUUUUACUUGGCAGUAAAUUCAGACAACAGUUGUAAUUAGCAUAAUGCAUCUUUUAACUUGAUGUAUCUAUAUAGUUUUUAACAAAGACAGUCAGUUCAAAUGGAAUCUGAUUUCAUAGGGCAUACGUUUCCAUAACAAUGUUGGAAUUUCAGUUUAUGCUUGCCUGGGUUCUUUAAAAACUGAAGUCUGCAAUGACGACACUUUGUCCAUUGGCCAUUUUAUUACAAGUGUUUUUCAUAAUAAUAAUAAAUGUCAUAAGUUAUUCCCCUUGGCAAUGUAUAAUAUGGACACAUCCAUUUACGGCUCGAACAUGUCUGCCAUUGACACCUUGGCCAGUAAAUAAAGUUCAAAUUUGUUUUGUUUAACGAUGCACACUAGAACACAUUGAUUUAUUAAUCGUUGGCUAUUGGAUGUCAACAUUUUGUAAUUCUGACAUAUAGUUUUAGAGAAGAAACCUGCU